AUGACUUUAUGCUGCUGCUCUUCAGAUGCGUCAGCUGCAGUGUUGGGAGGACCCGCUUCUCCUCUGGCUGUCAAAGUAUCUGAUGUCAACAAGGACUACGUCUUCCUUACCUGGCAGCCACCCAGUGCUGAUGGAGCCUCACCUGUGGACGGUUAUUAUGUGGAAAAAUUAGACUUGGGUCAGGGUGUGUGGGUUCGCUGCAAUGUACAUAUUCAGAAAAUGUGCCACUACCCUGUGUUUGGGCUAAAAGAAGGGACUCUGUACCAGUUCAGAGUUCGUGCAGUUAACCAGGCUGGUGCAGGACGCCCCUCUAAGGCCACUGAGCCCGUCCUCACUGCAGACCCCCUGGAACACACCAGAACCAUGGUUAUCGAAGUGGAGAACGGAAAGACAAUCACCAUCACAAAGGAUGAACUGGAAGGUCAAGUCAAAAUUCCCUUUCCUCCUACUAAUGUCCACGCCUGUGAGGUGAGCGACACCUACAUGGUGCUAAGCUGGACUGAGCCUGAACCCAGAGGCAGGGAGCCGCUCAACUACUAUGUGGAGCAGUCCCUGGCAGAAAAGAGCAACUGGGAGCUGGCCAGUCUGGACAUGACGGUAAGCUCUCCCAGGUUCCCAGUGUUUGACUUGGUCACGGACAAGCAGUACUGCUUCAGAGUGCGUUCCGUCAACAAGUAUGGCAUCAGUGACCCCUCUGAGCCGAGCGCACCCAUCUCCUUGGGAAAGCCAGAAGCUUUGCCAGCUCCACCUCACUCUGUCAUGGCCAUCAGAGACACAAACACCUCGGUGCUGCUCCAGUGGCGGGAGCCCAAAGAAAAAGACAAUAUCUUGGGAUACUACAUGUACUACAGUGAAACUGGCAAAGAGUUGUGA